AAGCAGUUCGAAAUGAAGAAGAAAAACUAUAUGAAGAGUUGUCAACUUGGUUCAGUCUUUUUGAAGCCCAUGUUCGUUCUUGGGCAAAUUUACAUUCAAAAGGAAGAGGAUUUAUAAAAAAUAAAUACGAUCAAUGGUGUUGGGAAUGGCGAGUUUCUCAAUACGAAGAGGAUUUUGAGCAAUCU